AUGCGUGCAACUCUGUUUUCAAAGUCAGAGGAGCCCGAGGAAGGACCAGCCUCUGAGGCGGUAUUAGUGGACAUUUCGCUCGCCCAAAGAGCAGAGAGAAUUCUCCAGGGUAGCGGCAGGUGUGUCUGCGGUCUGGUUAAGGAUGAAGCCAAGGAUGCAACUCCCAUUUCGAGGGGCGAGGGGCACGUGACUCAUUUCCACGGUCCUUUUUCGGUAAUUCCGCCUCAGCUUGUGAGCGCGACGACCAAGUUUGGCGCUCGAGUUGAACACAUUCCAUAUCCCAAGUGCCAACUGCUGGGCGAACGUGAUGAACGUCGACGAGAUAUUCAAGGCAAGUCCCAAGAAUUGCUCAAGAAAUUAAGGGUAGAAGCCCCUGCAUCCACAACUGUCCAAGACGUCUCUGAAGCACCUCAGAAGCGACGCGUUACAGUUGAAGAUGCUCCAGACGAGGAUGGAGAGGACGCCUUCGACUUUGCCCCUGGGGGUGACGCCGACUACUUCAUGGAAGAAGACGACGAAGGUCGUUUCUUUGGUGGAGGCCUCACCUCUGAACAAAAGGAAAUCCUCAACAUUUUUGACAAGGCCGGUGAUAGCGCUGAGCCAGAAGACCCUCUUUCGCUACCGGCCAUCCGACGAUCCCUCCUCCGACUUGAACGGGCGAUUAACAAGAAUCAAGACCAGCGUUCGAAAUAUCCUGACGACCCAACCAAGUUCAUCGACUCGGAAGCCGAUCUCGACAGUGCCAUCAAAGCACUCCUUCCACUGUCGCAAGCCCCAGCGUUAGCUUACAAGGAACUCGUACGCUCUGGAACUAUCGCGCAGCUUGUCGGGCUAUUCACCCACGAGAACGUCGAUAUUGUAAUAGACGUGGUCGAAUUGCUUUACGAACUAACUGAUGACGACGUGACGGACGAAUCUGACGAAGAGUCAGAGACGGCGCUGAAGGAACUCAUUGAGUCAUUGGUUGAUCUCUCAGUGUUGGAUCUUCUGGUGGAAAACCUACCUCGCCUUAAUGAAGCAGAAGAGUCUGACAGACAAGGAGUCUUCCACAUCCUCGGUGUAUUCGAGAACAUCCUUGGUUUCAACCCCGACUUGGCGACAACACUUGUGGAGAAAACAAAAUUGUUACCUUGGUUGUUGAAUCGAAUUCAAGGCAAGACACACGAUGAAAACCGAGGUUACUCGGCCGAAAUUCUGUCAAUUCUGCUUCAGAACAGUACACCGAAUCGGCUAGCAUUUGGCAGGGAGGAUGGAGUGGAAACUGUUUUGAAGCUACUCUCGCACUACAGACGUCGGGAACCAGCAGAUGCAGAUGAAACCGAAUACAUGGAGAAUCUGUUCGUUACAUUAUGUUCCGCUCUGGCAGAACCUUCAAUAAAGCAACUAUUCCUCGAGGCUGAAGGGCACGACCUUAUGGUUCUUAUGAUGAAAGAAAAGUUGCAGUCUAGGUCCCGAGCAAUCAAAGCCCUCGACCAUGCAAUGUCAGGUCCCCGAGGGGUUCACGUCUGCAACGCUUUUGUCGAUGCUCUCGGUUUGAAGACCCUUUUCGCUGCGUUCAUGGGCAAGGUGGGUGGAUAG